AUGGCCCAUGGAUCUGGAUGUUCUCAGUCAUUUUCAUUUUCCUCAAUGCAUACGUUGCUAUUGAUAAUUGGGACAAAUCUCCAAAGUAUCAUAACGAGGAUGUGCUUAGAUACCCAUAACAAAUCUCAUGUUGUUAGAGGAACUUUGCUCAUUAGGCCAAGCGAUCACUUCUUCUGGUUUGGGAAACCUGAGGUGCUUCUACAUCUUAUGCACUUUAUCUUGUUUCAGAACUCGUUUCAAUUGGCAUUCUUCACAUGGACUUGGGACUUGCUUCCACCGCGAAACAGAGGACAUUGUGAUAAAGCUUGUAAUGGGAUUGUUGGUUCACAUCCUCUGCGGCUAUGUAACGCUCCCUCUCUAUGCCCUGGUCACUCAGGAGUGGCCGAAGGCCUCAAAAGAUGGCGAGCCAAGGCAAGGAAGAAUUUAGCCCUGAGGAGCAACUACGAGCCAGGCCUCUCAUUGGAUGCUUCUGUUACUUCACUUGACACUUCACCAUCCUUCAACAACGUCGAAGCCUCUUUCUCGGUAGAGCUUGACAGGUCCAUUGAUGGUGUCUUGGUUGCAGCUCAGGUAGAGGAUGAAGACAGUUUUGCAGGACAAAGAACAGAACAAAAGUCGGGGUCUUUUGACUUUAGCGGAACACCAGAUUUUUUUACUCUGUUCAUGGGUUACUUUUAG